AUGCGUCAGUAUGUGGCAGUGGUACAGAAUCACCGGGAACGCUAUCCCGGUGACCAGCAGGAAGCUCGAGAGAAAGCGGCCGAAGUCCACCACGUCGCCCGUGGCGCCCAGCUCCGCGUCGUCCAGGUACGAGUCGUACUCGGAGGCGUAGUACCUUGUGAUCAAAAUCGGGAUGUGCGCAAUGGCAAACACGAAAGCAUAGAAUACGCCUUGGAGGCCAUCAAGCAGGGCUCUGCAGCCGUGGGGAUCACGUCCAAGAACCAUGUGGUCCUGGUGGCCCUGAAGCGGAACGCUGAGGAACUGGGCUCGUACCAGAAGAAAAUCAUCAAAAUCGACAACCACAUGGGCAUUGCACUGGCCGGCCUGGCGCCCGACGCGCGCGUGCUCUCAAAUUUUCUGAGACAGCAGGCGAUGUCGUCGAAAAUGGUGUUCAACCGGCCGCUGAACGUGGCCAAGGCGGUCUACUCGAUCGCAGACAAGGCACAGGACAACACACAGUCUGCGGGCGGCCGUCCGUACGGUGUGGGGCUGCUUGUGGCCGGCGUCGACGAGAACGGCGCCCAUCUGUACGAGUUCCAGCCGUCGGGCAGCGUGCUGGAGUACGUGGGGGCGGCCAUUGGCGCGAGGUCCCAGGCCGCCAGAACGUUCCUGGAAAGGAAAUACGAGGAAUUUGCAGACGCCACCAAGGAACAGCUGAUAGAGUAUGCGUUGACGGCCCUCAGAGACACGCUGUCGCAGGACAAGGAGCUGAACUCGCUGAACACCACGGUCGCCGUCGUCGGCAAGGACGAGCAGUUCACGAUCUACGACGAUGACGACGUGCAGCAGUGGCUCGACCGUCUGGACAGCCUGUCGAACGCUAGAAAUAGAGACGAACCACAGCAAGAGCAGCAGUCACAGGAACAAGCAGAACAGCCAGCAGAACAGCCAGCAGAACCAACGGAGCAGUCCGACAGAAUGGAUACAGACGAGUAG